UAAAUGAAAGCGACAAGCUUUGUACUUUUCUAAGUAGCUUUCUCGUUUGCUGCAAAAUGCACGUCUCUACAGUUGUCACUUUCGCAGCUUUGCUGUGUGUUUCCAAUGCACUGCCGACUAGCAAUGUUGUGUUGGAAAAGCUUGACGGCGCUCCACCAGGAUGGGUUCUCGAUGAACCUGCCACAUUUGACAGAAAUGCCACCACCAUGACACUCAAGAUUCACCUUGUGAGCCAAGGCAUGGACAAAUUUCACCAACUUGCCAUGGACAUUGCAACACCAGGUAGCCCGCAGUACGGCAACCAUCUUGAUCAUAAACAGAUACUAGCGAUGACUGCACCCAAAGAGGAAUCAGUAAAUCUCGUGCAAGAGUGGCUUCAGGGCCAGAUACCCGGUGCCAAGAUGACCAUGACGGGCGAGUAUCUUACUGUCGAAGAUAGUAUCGAUGCCAUUGAAAGCCUUUUGAAAACUACAUACCACACCUACGUGAACAAGGAGACAAACGCACGUGUGCUUCGAACACUCGAGUAUAGCAUUCCCUCGGCGCUGGUCGGCCACCUGGACAUGAUUCAGCCUACCACAUACUUCGGCGUCAAGCAGCUGCGAUCGACAGUUUCUGAGCACCAUGCUAUCGAAAAGGAAGAAUUUCGCGUUGAAGCAGCUCAGGCUGUGACUGGAUGCACCGGCACCCGUAUCACGCCUACGUGCCUUGCCAAUCUGUACAACUUUGCGAACGCAAAGAACGAGAGCGUGGGACUUCUUGGUGUGGCAGGGUUCCUUGAGGAAUACGCUAUCAAAGCAGACUUCACAACCUUCCUCUCCAGCUAUGCUUACUUCAAUAACAAAGCAAGGUCGUUCACGUGCACAGGGGUCAAUGGUGGCACUUGCCCGACAUCGCCAGCAGGCAUUGAGGCCAACCUGGAUGUUCAGUACGCGGGUAGCAUCGCAAGUUCUGUACCAAUGACUUACUACAGCACGGCUGGCCGAGGGCAGUGGCUAGGCAGCGGUUCCAACACCAAUGAACCAUAUCUCGAAUUUUUGAACUACCUGCUAGCUCUUCCAGCAGCCUCGCUUCCCAACACGCUCUCCAUUUCAUACGGCGACGACGAAGCUACUGUGCCGCUUUCGUAUGCAACAAAUGUGUGCAAUCUGUUCUCCCAGCUUGGAGCUCGCGGUGUUUCCAUCCUCAUCUCUUCGGGCGACUCUGGAGUGGGCACCUCAUGCAAGGUGAACGGCAAAACCUCAUUCACAACAGCAUUUCCGGCAGGUUGCCCCUGGGUCACAACGGUCGGCGGAACUACAGGUAACUCUCCCGAGAGUGCGUGGUCGUCUGGUGGCGGUGGAUUCUCUGAGAUCUUUGGACGUCCGAGCUACCAGAAUGCGACCGUCAACAAGUGGCUCACAAGCGACACCACCCACAGCGCCGUGACAAACUACUUCAAUUCUUCUGGUCGCGCCUAUCCAGACAUCUCGGCACAAGCUACAAACUUUGUCAUCGUGGCCUCUGGCUCCGCACAGUCCGUGUCAGGUACAUCGUGCUCUGCACCGACCACGGCGGGCAUCUUUCAGCUUCUGAAUAGUGCUCGAAUUGCUGCUGGAAAGAAGGGCCUCGGCUUUCUCAACCCCUGGCUGUACAGUACUGCGAGUACCGGGUUCACAGAUAUCAAGAGCGGCAAGAUUGGUGGAUGCAGCGGUGUCAUCUCUGGAGCAGGAUUUAGCGCUGUUGCUGGCUGGGAUCCUGCGACGGGCCUCGGUACACCAAAUUACGAGAGCUUACUUACUUUCGCAUCAUCUACCUAACUUGUGGUUAGGUAGCCGAUCCCAAAUGUGGCGGAACAUUAUGCGGAUCUAUUAGCCUUGACAAGAGCGACCACACUUUAGAUCGCAACGUGUAAAGUUGCCAGCGACAUAUUUGUGAGAGAAUACAAUCCUGUAGGUCCUCAUACUACUGCUUCAGGAUGCCUCACGAUGUUGAGUUUAUAAGUUUUUUCUCUCUUCUCUCGAGUGGAUAGAUAGAACAAUAGCUGUCAUCGUUCGACCAUUCCAUUAUAAGUACCAGGUCAGCAGAAAUUUAAAUUUUCAAGUAAC